UAGUGCAGAAUUUUUCGUCGUCACAUACCAAGUGUUUACACACCUCACUCCUCCACCAAGGCUAGCCCUGUCCGGAAAUUCUUAUGAACAGUGUCCUAAUUUUGCUAGCUCGAUUUUUGUUGACCAUCCAUAUAUAUACUCUACUUAAUUGGCCACCCAAAGAUUCGGCAUAGCAAGCAUUCUAGGCGUACUUUUUCUACUACAAAAGAGACAUCUUCCCACCUCUGAAAUUCAGAAGCUUUACUUUUGUUUCUUCUUCAUCUUGUGUUUUCUUCUUCCACCAUGAUCACUGAAAAUCUUCCUAAUUCCUCUCAUAAGAUCAUACUGUUAUCAACCCUCAUCCUGUUUUUAGUCCCGGCGACGGUGUCCGGCGACUGCACCUGCCAAGAUGAUCAAACCGAGCAGCACAACAAGAGCGAGGCCCUCAAGUUCAAACUAGCCGCUAUUGCUUCAGUUCUUGGGGCUGGUGGCAUCGGCGUCAGCCUCCCACUUCUCGGCCGGAGAUUCCAUGUAUUCCGUCCUGAAAACGACAUUUUCUUCAUGAUCAAGGCCUUCGCUGCCGGUGUGAUACUAGCCACCGGAUUCAUUCACAUCCUCCCUGAUGCAUUCAGGACCUUGACAUCUCCUUGCCUGGGCGAGAACCCGUGGGGGAAGUUCCCCUUUGCUGGAUUUGUAGGGAUGAUGGCCGCCAUUGCGACGCUGAUGGUGGAUACAGUCGCCACCAGCUUCUACAAGAACAUGCACUUCAGCAAGUCUAAGCAGGUGAAUGUAGACGAAGAGGCUGGUGAUGAUGAGCAUGCUGGCCAUGUCCACAUACAUACCCAUGCCACACAUGGCCAUGCUCAUGGAGCUGCCGCUCCAUCGAAUGAGAUGAGCUUAUCGGAUCUCGUCCGACAGCGCAUAAUAUCACAAGUUUUGGAGCUGGGAAUUGUGGUUCACUCAGUAAUAAUUGGGAUUUCACUAGGGGCUUCUGUGAGCGUGGAUACAAUAAAGCCAUUGCUGGCAGCUCUGUCUUUCCAUCAGUUCUUUGAGGGGAUGGGACUUGGUGGCUGCAUCUCCCAGGCGGAGUUCAAGUCUUUGACUACGACAAUUAUGAUGCUAUUUUUCUCCCUCACGACUCCAAUAGGAAUCGGUGUUGGCAUUGGAAUUUCAAGCGUUUACAAGGAGAAUAGCCCGAAAGCUCUUAUAGUUGAGGGGAUCUUCAAUUCUGCUUCAUCUGGGAUACUGAUUUACAUGGCCCUCGUUGAUCUAUUAGCAGCAGAUUUCAUGAACCCGAGGAUGCAAAGCAACGUUAGACUUCAGUUGGGUGCACAUAUUUCACUUCUUCUAGGCGCAGGAUGCAUGUCUUUUCUUGCCAAAUGGACAUGAUGAUGACUUCUUUCCUACUGUCUAGCUCGUGAUGAAUGUCGUCUAGUAUUGAUGUAGACGUGUAUUUCUAAUUAUAAUAUUUUGUUUUCUAGUGAAAACUUAAUAUAUGUACCAUGAGAGCCUAUGUUCCAUGCAGAUUUUAUUUUAGUGUAAAGUAUAGAAGAGUAUGAGAGGUACAGAAAGAAGAACCAUUCAUACUUAAGAUG